UACUCACCAGUUGCUGAUUGGCGUUGCGCAGGUAUCCAGCUAUUGCUUCUUACCCCAAAGCCUGGACGCCCCGGUUACCCUCUCCGGAUCUCACUGCAGGAUCUAUCCGAACCCUCUCCACUCUGCACCAGGGCGCACGCAGCUCACACUUUUACAAAAUCACCUGCUCGACAGAAAUCAGGUGGUGCUGAGAAAAUGAGGAGAGGUUUGCUGCUGGUGACUCUGUUCUUCAUCCUGAAACUUCGGCACAGCCAGUCCAGAUGCGAAGAAACCGGAUCGCGCAGAUCAACUUCAGAUACUGUAGGUUUGGACAACCUAAAGCGGAACAUUCUGAAGAGGUAUAGCGAUUUGGAUUAUGACAGCUUUGUGGGACUGAUGGGCAGAAGAGAUACGGAUGCCAACAUUGUACAGUCUCCACAAAAAAGAGAAAUGCAUGACAUAUUUGUUGGUCUCAUGGGGAGGAGGAACUCAGAGCCUGAUAAUGGCCCGAGGAGAGAGUAUCCAGAGAGGAGAGGCAUUUUUCUGAACAAGUGCAGACUGAGGUUUCUUCAGGGGCUGUAGACACUGAAACAACAGUCAUCGACGACCAUACAAACAAUAAAUCAACCAACAUGAUUCCCACGUGUAAAACUUCUGGCUGGCUUUUGAGAAUGACCAUAAACUACACAGAUUGUAUUUGAUUUACCUGGAAAAAAAACAAACAUAAUCAGACGUGAACGGUGGAAAUUUCUGUAUCAUGUCAUUCUGUUUCUUCAAAGUUCAAAAUAAAGAAUUUUUUUAUA